CACUCAGUGACGGAUUAGUAUAUGCACAGCACUCUCUCAACACAAUACCAUCUUUGGUCACUUUGACAUGUUGCCACUCUAACCAAACACCACAAUCUAUCAUACACAGCUGUAACGAUGAAUCGAACCAGGCAACGCCCUGAACCACAAGAAAGUGGAUCUCGAACAAUCACACUUCAGGAGACCGGUUCAGAAAAUAGCGCAACUCCCUCUGUUCCAGAUGCAACACCUGUAGGAGUUUUGCAGCUUCGAGCAACGGGUAAUACGUCAAGGAGGGUGGUUUGGAGCGAAGAAACGAUAGACAAUGAAGGUAUGGGAAAGAAGAAGAGCAAAAUUUGCUGUAUUUAUCACAAACCGAAAGCGUUUGACGAAUCUUCCGAUGAAUCAUCAGGUUCCGAUUCCGAUUCGCAAAGUUCAGAUGAAGAAGGAAGCGAAAGCAGUUCUUCCAACAGUAGUGAAGUGAAUGCAUCGAAAAGUUUGAGAGAGAAGAAAGGCAAAGAAAAGGCAGAUCAGGCCCUUUGCGAUGAUGACGGCUGCAAUGGAAAUCAUCACAAACGAGGCAAGGGAAAAACGAAAAAGACAACCAAUAGUCGAUCCGCACGGACAGUGACAAUCACUGAAUCGCCGAAAGAUACAGCUUCGCAAGAUGAAGAUCACGAAUCAACGCAUAGGACGUUCAAACCGAACGCAUAUGAAAAAGGAUCGUAUAAUGUACACUAGCUGACCUCUCACCUAUCUUGUAUCAUAAAUAUAUCAAUACACACAUUAACAAAUACAUUUAUACAAGUGACUUUCGAGCGAUACGUAAAUGAAAUUCAUAGAUCACUCACCUUUACAGAAUCCUGUUUUUCUAGCACAAGAGAGAUACUGAUCAUGACAAGAGUAAAAGAGAGAAGACUGUCAGCUUUCGUUGUUCAACUAUGAAAUGACUUAAAGCAUAUCAGUGGUAUCAUUGUGUUUGGCUAUAGAUAUUGGUCGAUCAUCAAAAUGAGUCCAGUUUGGGGCGACACG